UUAUAGAUUUUUGAGUGCUGGGACAAUAGAGGAAAAGGUAUACCAGCGUCAGAUGUCAAAAGAAGGGCUUCAAAAGGUCAUUCAGCAGGAGCAAACAGAUAACCUUGAGACACCGGGUAACUUUUCGACAGAGGUCCUCCGGGAUCUGUUCUCAUUUCAUGAAUGUGUCAAGUCAGAGAUUCAUGAAAGGAUGCAUUGCUCUCGGUGUCAGACAAAUGACGAUGGGCCUCAGAGCGACGAUGGGAAAUAUGUUGCUCAUUCUACGAUAAGUAACGGUGGAUUUGAUGAGGAAACCUCUGAUGAUAUAGGUGGAUUUGCAAAAUUUGCAGGCUGUAUGCACAAAUUAAAGAAAUCAGAAAAGCAGGUAGGGAUCCCCUUGGAAGAAGAUUUAGGUAGCUGGGGCCAUCAUUUCUUCUCCACGACCGUACCGGAUACUAUCCUUCAGGCUUCAGCCGGAGAUGAGGUGACAUUUGUUUUUACAAACCAAGUUGAUGGAAAGCUGACACCAAUUGAUUCAACCGUCAGUUCAGAGCAACAGCAAGAGGAAAGCAAGGAAGUGAUCCAGCUAAAACGGAACUCCAAACAAAGUCCCGUUCUUUCUUUACAUCAGAAGCCAUCUUACUCCCUCAAGCCUUCAAUGAGGCCAGCAUUGAGUUCUGUUAGGACGAAGGAAAAUAUAUCAACACAAGCAGCUUUAAAAACCAAAAAUUCCCUUGUAAAUCAAUUACCACAGAAAAGAUCAUGUCCAACUUAUGUUGAUGUUGAUCAAUUAGAAUAAUACUUCUGAUUUCGUCAAGCGAUCA